GCGAGCCGAAUCCCACUUUCAGGCACAGCAGACCGAGUAUUCCUGUUUUGCAGCGCAUUCUACGAGAAUGCGAGCACACUCUUGACGGACCCGUUGACGAUCCAGACCAUGUUUUGGAGGCCUUGGAAACCUGCCGACGCCAAGGGGCAAGUUAUGACGAGCACUCUUUCAAGCUACAACGGAACUCUAGCAAGUUCAAGAGAUUCCUAAUGGGUCAGAAUUUGCGAAUCUAUUACAAGCAGACCGAACUGGACAAGGCUCUGGCCGCAUAUAAGGGAAGUGUAUUGCUUCUGAGAGACUAGUGCUCUGAAAUUAAGCUUCGACAGCAGCUGGUUGAAAUGAGUCUUGCACUCGUUCAUCAGACCAACCACUUGAAACUGGUCGAACAAGUGUGGACAAGAGGCUUCGGCCAGCUCUCCCAAGAAAAAUACAACAUCGAUGCUGCCAUCCGAAUCAUAAUCGGCCAGCCCCACGCCAAACAUCCUGGCCAAGCAUUCAAGUACUAUCCCCCCAGAGCCAAAUUAGACAGCGCAUCCGACCUUGACUUGGUUUCCGUCUCCUAUCUCCGCCAAGCCAAUGCACUAGAGCACGUCACUCUUGUGCCCAUUCCAGAAGACACCCAGAUUGCCAUCAGAGGUGUAGGUAACGGCUCACUGACCCCAACCCAUAGGGUGUUACUCAAGUGGUACGGGCAUGGAGAGAGAAAGAUACACGAGGGUUGGUUUGACCUGGUCGAUUUCCCAGACAUUGAUAUUUUGUUGGGGACCGCAUCGUUCAGAAGAUCGCUGUUGUAA